UAUGCCGGAACCCUGAAGCCACGUGCCUUUUCCAUUGUGUUCUCAGACUUUCCAAUUCGAUGAGUCUCUAGGACCUCAUAGGGGUCUUCACGAAUGGAGGUCCCUUCCCCAUCUGGCCGACAACGAGCAGGUUCUCACUGUUGCAGAGGAGGGACACAUAUCAACAACGAGACGCAGCCAACCACAUCUUGAAUUGCCUGAUAAGCUUCAAGUCGCCUGUAAACAAACCGGCCAUCUAUUCUUCCGCUCCAGUAUCGACUUCUUUCCGCACAUCAUGUCUAUGUUUCGUAGACCCGGAGAUUCCUCCUCGUCAUCUGAGGCGUCUUUCGACCAAACAGAAGACGAAGAGCCGGAAUUGGCACAGGACAGUUUGGUGACCCGCGCCAAUGCUAUGGAAUCCAGCACGUCUGAGAUACCCGCCAACACACGGCCUUCUCUAGCUGACAUGAGAGGCUUCUCAACGCAGGAUAUUCAAGCUCUUGGAUUCCAUGCCAUGCUCGAGCAGAAUGCAGUCACAGCAGCAGCAGCGCGCUUGGGUGUUGGACCCACCGACCCAGAGGCCCAGAGACAAGGUCGAGAAGCUUACCAGCGGAUGGCUCGCCAGCUGCCGGAAGGUAUUGAUAGCAAAUAUGCUGGCGACGAGUUUAUUACACUUCGUUCAACUAUGCAAGAUGGCAUCAACCAGACCACGAGUGCGCAUCUGAAUACAAUUGCAGCAGCUCCAGACACACAAUCUCUGAUCAUGCGUCACAGGAACCGCAAUGCUGCUCCAGGCACCCAGCCGCCGCUUCCUGGAAUCAAGGCCCUGUCCGAUCUACCCGCAAUACCGGACCCAUGGCUGGGCGGAUACGCCGACCUGCAAAACGACCGCUAUGCACGGGAUUUCUCGGAGCUCGAAAUCGUUGGCAAGGGCGGCUAUGGUAAGGUUUUCAAAGUCAAACACAAGCUCGAUGGCUCGUUUUAUGCAGUCAAGCGGAUCAACGUGCCACCUGCCAAGCUGGCGAAGGCUCGACAAAACGGCCCUGACGCCCUGAACAGCAUAUUGGAAGAAGUGCGGUCGCUAGCCAAGUUCGACCACGCAAACAUUGUACGCUACCAUAAUGCCUGGUUAGAGUACACGACGGCACCUAUAGAUUCAGUGACAGAGACCUACCUGCCCAACAACCGGCUACUGGAGGACAAAGCCAACUUUUCUUCCAGUCCCUCUGAAGUCAGCCAUCUCCAGGCAGAGUUUGACCAUAUCCAGUUCGGAGAGCCUUCUGACCACGGUGCGGAUAUUUUGUUCGAGGCAAGCAACACUGGCGGAGCGGAGGACUCGAGGGGUAACACCAGCCACCUCUCCUUGCGACAGCAACUGAGUGUCAGGCGACGCGACCGACGUACCAGCCAGGCCAGUCAAGCUACGAUCGCCACUAUAUCAUCUACGAAGUCUCGCAUGAGCGCAGUGGAGGAUGUAUCUGAGAACUAUGAUGACGAGGAGGUCGAGAUGAUUCAGCGCCGCCACAUGCCUGUGUCGCAUGACUUGACCACCGACCUGUCAGACAGCAUGAUCUCACACAGCGACAUGCCAGGGCCCCUCAUCAGCGCCCGCUCCACUGGCCCAGUAUUGACCUUGAACGUGCAGAUGUCCCUCUACGAGUCCAAUCUCGCCGCCUUCAUCGCGCCAGACCGGGCCUCUUUCUCCAGCAAACCCAGCCUCACACACUGUUUCCACCCAUGCGUAUCACUGGAGCUCAUGAGCAACAUCCUCUCCGGUGUUGAGUAUCUCCACAGCCAAGGCGUCGUACACCGCGACCUCAAACCCGCCAACAUCUUCCUCGCGCUAUCGACAGGCCGCCGCCCACCGUAUGGCUCCGUUGACCUCUCCACCUGCAAGCCGUGCUCGGACCGCGAGUGCGUGUACGUAGUCCCACGCAUCGGCGACUUCGGCCUCGUCGCCGCGCUCGACGAGUCCUGCACAACUUCGCCCGGCGCAAAGCCCGUCGGCACCGAGUUCUACCGCCCGGAGACCAGCGCGCGCACCAGCGACAAGCUCGAUGUUUUUGCGCUGGGCGUCAUCGCGGUCGAGAUGCUGCACCCGUUUGGCACGCGCAUGGAGCGCCACGAUACGCUGUCGCGGCUCAAGAAGGGCGCCUUCCCGGACGGGUUUGCGGACGCGCUGGGACCGCUGGGAGACAGGCUGCAGCUGCUUAUUGGCGCGAUGGUGCUGGCGGAUGAGGAGCAGCGGAUGGGGUGCGAGGAGGCGAGGAAUGAGAUCGCGCGGCUUGUUGACGCGUUGCGCGAGGAGUGAGAUGGUGUCAUGUUGAUGUGUAUGAUAGGAUGCACCAUGCGAUGUCGGCAGAACGAGAUGAGAUACCCGAAUCAUAGACUAGCAUAACGGCGCGACAAUAACUGCAUAGUUCGCAUCGACCCGUCCAUAUUGGAAGACUUCAUUCUGAUGACUGUUCUGUGGGACUGUUUGCGUCUGGCACACUCUAGAAACAAGGCGUCAUUGAGUAAAGUGCACUGA